AUGCCGCCGAGCUCUCCCAAGGCGAGCAUGGUGCAGAGGGCCGGCAAGGCUUGGGUAGAUGCUGCCGAAGCAUGUGCGAAAUUCAUUACCGACAACUUGACUAAGAAGAACGUGGCAAAGCUGGUGGCUGGCACAGUGGUUUCGGGCGGCGGGAUGGCUGUUGACGCGGCGAGCGGCGCCGCAGCGGCAGCGAAGGGGGACAAGAAAGGCGCCAAGGAUCCCGCGGUGAAUGUCGUCAAGGGCGCUGGCUCACUCGCGGCUACCGCUGUGGCGGGUCCCGUUGGCACAGUCGCGUUCAACGCGGCGACCUUCGCCGGGGGCAAGGCGAAAAACCCUCGUGGAAAAAGAGGUCAGGGGAGUGGGAUGGUGCAGGAAGAGGGGGCACAAGCGGACAGUGGAAGGGUAGGAUAG